GGCGGCGGCGUCGGGGGCGUAGCGGGGGGCAGGGGAGGUCAAGCCGCUGGGGCGUGGGGUCAGGCUAGCGGAGGGGGCGGUAUGGCCGACCACGGCACGCCCCAACAACCCCUGUGCUCGCCCUCGAACGCCCGCAGGUUCUUCUCGCGGCACGCCUACCUGGAAGGCAGCCGCGUGGGGCCGGCGGAAGGGGGCGUCAUGCCCCAGCAGAGUCCCUCGAAGGGCUCCAGUCGAUCCAAAAGCAACAGCUCCUCGUCCUCGGCGUCCUCGACGUCUUCGUCGACGUCCUCCUCCAACUCGUCCCCCUCGCCGUCCUCGGGCGCCUCGUCUGCGGCGUCCUCGGCGGCGCCGCUCCCCUCGUCCAACGCCUCCGGGGGAGGAGGAGGAGGAGGAGGGCUCUUCAAGAAGUCCUCGCCUCCCAGCAUCCUGAACGAGUCGACGACGAAGCACAUGAAGCUGGUGAGGACUCGGAGGCUCAUGAAGGAGUUCCAAGAGCUGUCCAAGGGGCAGCAGUGCUCCAAGGACCCCGUCUUCACGGUGGACCUCGUGAACGACUGCCUCUACGAGUGGAAGGUGAAACUGCUUCGCGUGGACUCUGACUCGGAGCUGUACCGAGAUAUGCAGGAACUUGGGGUCCACCACAUUCUCCUGUCCCUGAGUUUCCCCGAGAACUUCCCAUUCCAUCCGCCGUUUCUUCGUGUUCUCUCUCCCCGACUGGAAAAGGGGUUCGUGAUGGAAGGGGGCGCCAUCUGCAUGGAACUGCUGACCCCCAGAGGUUGGGCUUCUGCCUAUACCAUCGAAGCUGUCAUCAUGCAGUUUGCCGCCAGUUUAGUCAAAGGACAGGGUCGCAUAUCAAGAAAACAUAAAUUGCCGAAGGAAUUCAACAAAAAAGCGGCAGAAUCUGCUUUCAGGUCGUUGGUCAAGACUCACGAAAAGUACGGAUGGGUGACGCCACCUUUGUCUGAGGGCUAACACAGAUUUCGUCAGUCAGUGGAAGCCUCUCCAGGCAAACAAUAUUCCAUCCGUGUGUGAUCCGAUCCAUGAAUUGCAGAACUUAAAACAGUGCAUACCUCAAGUCUUGCUGUUCGGCCUCGUAACUGCAACUUCCUCCUCACUUCACCCUGCAAACUAGGAGGACACCAGGAUUAUGCCCUGUCAUGCAUUACAGGACGUUAUUCAGGCCCAGGAAAAACAGAAUGUGCGGCAACUAACUCUGUGAAAUAGAAUGCAGUGUAGCGAAGAUGACAUCCUCGUCUCGCAAACUGUUGCACCUGUUGAUUAAUUAAAACAUUAGAUGUGAAAAAUGGAUGGAACGCUGAAUGGAGGUAAUGGUAUCUCAGGUAGCAAAUACUUAUACAGGUAGUUGAAAUUUUUUUUUCCAAGUGAAUCCCAAAUACUACAAAUAUGUUGGCCAAAGAUGUUUAUAGCAUUUUUCUUGUACAAUAUUUGUUAAGUCAUCUACAAGUUGACCAUUUCAUUUCUUUCUCUUCUAGGAAAGUCUUAUUUCUUUUCUAGGAUGUCACUUAUGGAUCAUUUUUUCUUUUGUUUUAUUUCUUUUCUAGUGGGACAGUUUUUUCUUAAAUUUAAGGAGCUGCAUUAUUUGUGAUUUAGUCCUUUCUAAUUUUAGCUGUUCCGAUCACCUCAGUUUCCUUAACAGUUGUGGCAUUCUAAUGCACUAGUCAGAUACAGUCACAGCGUGUGGGAAAGGAUGUGAACUAUAGCUUUUGGAAUGUAUUAACAUUAGAGAUGACAGUAUUACAGUUUAUUUUUACUUGCAUUUCAAUAUUUCAGUACAAUAUUUUCAUUACUUGUCCUGCGUUACAUUUGGUUGGAUACUUUGAAACGUACAAUCUCCAAAAAUGUCGAAGGUUUCUUUCCUGUGUCUCGACUUUCACAAGAAAAGGCAGGAGUUAGACAAUAGUAGAAAUAUAAGACUUAAAUUGAAUAAGCAAAUCCAAGGAAGGGUCAGUGCAAUUAGAGACAAUCACAUAGGUAUAAUAUAAAAGGUUGCAGUUACAUUCUUAGUUAGAAUGAUUUCAUUCACUGCUUGCCUCGUCGAUAACGACGACAACCUUCACAUCAAAGUAUUUCCAUAGUUUUGUAGUUCCUUAGAAGUCUUUUGACUGCCGGUAAAUUUGAAUGAAACACAAUUGUAUACAUAGAUGGUGAAUGAAGGGGCAGAGUCAUUUCAGUCAGACAGGAAAAUUUAUAAUUAUGUAAAAGUAUUUCACUAGAAAAGUUAUUAAGUAGUCUAUUGUUUCAGAUGUGUAGCUGUUACUUCAAAAUACGUAUACUCAAAGUCUGUAUAAACCUUCUACUUUACCUAUGCCUUAAUGCCUGAAAGGGGAGAGAACAAAGUGCUGUAUUCCAUUUCAUGAGAUACAUGAAGCAUAGAAGAGCCCUUGCAUUGGGCAAUACCUCUUACCAACAGUUGUUGUUUGUUAUGCCUAUCGCAUGGAUUCUCACUCGAUAAUUUUCUCAAAAUAGUAAACUUGAACAUAUGCCAAUCAAAGCCCUGAUGUAAGGACAGUCCAUGUAAACCACUUGAGUGAUCAUUUUUGGUGGAUCAGAUGUCUAGAGGUCAUCUAAUUUUCUCUUGCUGUGUAUUUUUUUCUGUUACGUACGUAGAGGAAUUCUCUGUCGUCUUCUCUGCUCGACCAAUCUGAAGUUUUCCUGGUUACAACAUAGUAAUUAACAGGCAGAAAUAUGUAGAUACAAGCAGCAGUGUAGCUUUGAAUUCUUGCCAUAGUCCAGAACACCUUGGUUGUCUAUUGUAAUGAUUGCCUGUUCUGAUGAUGGUUUAGUUUGUUGGUCUUCUCAAGUGGUUGUUAGUCAGAUAAUGCCAGCAAUGUUGUAAUCUCCUACUACAGAAGCACACAAGAGUUUGCUCCUGAACCCUGAAUCUUCUCCCAAGGGUUACAAUCUUACUUCCUAUCUUUCAUGAUAAUACAAUGGCUUUUGUUCUGGAGGUGCAACCUACUAUAUUCUUGGCUUAUGCUAAAUUUGUCAAACUCAUUAAUAGAUGGUUUUCACUCACAUUGUGUGCCAUCAGAAUCCAGAAGCCUCUUUUUGUGCCAAUGUCGUCUUGCUUUGGUGUGUUUUUAAUUGAACAGAUUGAAUUGUCCUCACAAUUUGAUUCCUGUGCUUUUUGGAUGAAGUAGAUUAUGUAUGGGAUAUGUUGUGGUCUUGGCAUGGUGAUAGAAGCCAUCUGGGUGUUGGAGUUGGCCAGGCUUUGAUAUAUUACUUUCCUAUCCUUAGUAUAACCUAAAGGGUAACCUGAGUUAGGUCAUAAUGUCUCAUCAUGGACGUGCGCACUCAAGUUAAAUAAAUAGCAGAAAACCCACUAGUAGACUUGGAUGGUAUGCAGUUUAGUGUCAGAGCCUUCUACACUAACAGGCAAUAUACUGAGUAAGCACUGGAAGGUAUUAUACACCAACGGUGAAAUGAGGGUCCGGUUGCCCAAAACCUGUCCUAAUUUAUCACUGACUCCACAAGUUACAGUACAAAAUUCAGCACUACAUGCUUCUGCCUUUCAGGUAUAAGGCAUAGGAAAAGAAAGCUUAUUUCUUGUACGUUUCCGUUUUAUGGAUUUUUUUAUUACAGUUGAAUUAACUAUACCUUUGUUCAGAAAGAUUUGUGAGACUAUCAAAACCCUUAUAAGGAUUUGCUCGUAGCGGGUAAGGAAAAGAACUAGUACAUAGUUGUGAUUUGGGUGACCAUCCAAAUAAAAGAAUGCAUACGAAUCUGACGAGGUAAGAGCAACAGGCGUUACGACUCGUCAAUGUAUAGUGAGAUUAUUGUUGAACGAGCUGUUAUCAAGGUCCCUAGUAGCAAGAUUUACUUGGCGCCAUUAAAACGGUCGCAUUACUCUUGCCUUGUUGUAUAUAACACAUUAUUUUGAAAUUAAGAGGAGACUCUUAAUUUUGUAACUGUUAUCCGAUUAAGUAAGGUAAGUUUGUAAUAAAUGUUGGUGUGAAACGUGUAGUCAUAUUCAUAUAACGUUAGACAUAGAUUCACGUAGAUGCUAUACUCACUGUGAAAUGACAGGCAGAAUAAUGUGAAACUUUCAUAACUGAUACUUGUAUGUUGUAUUGAUCAAGGCAGUAUUUUUCUAUACAGUAUUGAAUUCACAUUGCUUUGACAAAGUACAUGUAUACUGAAGCUUUGAACUGUAAAACCCAUAAUAUGUAGUGUCCUAUUGAAUUGUUGACCCAAUACUUUUUCUUUCUACAUUAUUGGUAUAUAUUUGAUAAUUAAUAAUCCUGACCUAAAGGAACAGAGAAAAUAUAUGUAAAGACUUUCACUAAUAUUCUCAUUACUUUAGCAUUUAUUUUCUUUAAUAUUCUCAUUACGUAUUACUACUUUGGCAUUUAUUUUCUUUAAACAAGUCAUUUAACUUGACAAUUGAAUGAUCUCUGAUAUGCUAGGCUUCACUUAUUGUUAUUAGGUUUAAGACAUUAAUACGUACUACAGUACGAAUUACCUUUUCUCUGUUGUACAUGCAAUGCUCUUCUGUUUUCAAUAGAUCAGUAAAGUGACUCAUACAGUACUAGCAUCAGUUUUUUUUUUUUUUGUAGACAGACACAACACCACUGACAAGUAAACAAAAUUUGUAAGAAACUCCAAUUGAAUAAUGGUUGGUCAAGUUCCCCCCCCCUCACGCACAACAUUUCCAAUAAUUCCCUACUUCUUUCUCAAUGGUAAACCUAGAGGGUUGACAAGAACCCUGCAUGGCACACUAUAAAUGGUUCUUCAAAAUUUUACAUGGUCCCUCAGCCACAGUCAAGGGCUUUCUGCAUUUUAUUCAUAAACAGUUCAUUCUUCUCCUAUGCAACUCUCCAACUCCUUGUCAUGAUUCGGUUCUAAUGUUUACCUAUCCUUACAUAAGAAAUCCACAUAGGAAAGGUUUAUACGUCAGAAAUGGUUUAGCGGUCGCUCAGUAUGCACUACUUUAUACAAAAAAGAAAAUUACAGAUCCUCACAGUUAAGGUUAUUGGCUAAAGUGGUUUAGUGUUCCCUCUGACACUGCAAUAUUUUAUACAAAUUAUAGAAAAGAAAAUGGCACCUUGACUUUUUGACCUUCAACUUAUUUUUGUUUAGGAAAAUUAAAACAAUAAAAAUAUUUCAGGGCUGCUACCACAAGUUUUGUACUUUGUUGUACAAGAAAUCAUAAGAUUUUGCACCCAAAAAGCACCAUUGUGACUGCUAACAAUUUAUCAACAUGCAAAACACUUACUAAAAUUACUAUACUCAAAAUUCAUCCAUAAUGGGAUACGAAAAUGUCACAAAAGGUUUACAACUAACUGGUUAUAAUGUUACAAAUACCGUUACAAAUAACCCUAAAAUAUCAUAGGUGCGGGAACAAGAAUGUAAGAAGCCAAGACAUUAUGUAUGAGGUGCUAAAACACUGAAUAGUCCUACUACAUACUUGCAAAGAUCAAUGGCACACAUUGUCACUGUUGUAUUAUAUACAAUAUAUUUCCAUUACAAACACUAGUGUAUCAAUACAUCAACAAAGAAAUCUCCCUCACCCCCUUCUUCAUGUUUUACAAGUAAACUUGCUAAACAGUUAAUAUAUCAAGUCUACAAAGCAAAAUCCACAACAUGAUAAAACAAAUUCGUUACAUUUCGCUUAGCCAAGUUUUGUACAGUUGAGUGGUAUAUCUUGCAGCAUAAAUAUUCUGUAUAUUCACAGAAUUUAGCAGGUAUGGAUUGUUAUUUGUAGCCUAACAGUCAACAAGGUAUCAUUUAUCCCAGACAAAAUCACGUCCUUUGGUCAGUUGCUGUUUCAGUAUCUAAAGGUACAGCAUACACAUCAGAGUCCAAAAAAUAACCAAGGCAGUUCACAGGGAAGAAGGCUCAGUUAUGCACCUUUGUAGAGAAGUUCACUGCUGUGGUAAAUAUUCAUAUGUAUCACACUUCAAGCUGAAUUACUCUGAUCAAACCAUUUACAGCAUGAGAGAAAGCAGAUAUAAAUAUUUUACUAAAGAGCACUACACACUACUAGUUCCCUGUGCAGUAACGAGUUUAACAGCAGACACUGGACACAUCAGGGUAAGACACUCCAAUAUCCCAGAAACAUGAAUAAUGGAUGAAUUAUUCAAUGCACUGAAUAGUUUUGAGCUCAUCCUACAUAACUACCUUUCAAAAAUAUAGUCUAUUUUGUAGCUGUAACUACUACACAUUUUAAUGAUGCACACGACACUUAAGAACGUGCAUUAUCAACACAAUUCUUGCAUUAUUAUUUAAUGAAAUGCACUCUGUGCGUUUCUUGCCUUUUUGUUUUUCAUGUUUCCCAGUUGGUACUCCACAAAUAAUUUAGGAACCUCUAAUUCUACAUAUUACUACCAACCCAUGCAGUAUUUCUGUCAAAUUCCAACCUCUCCUGUACACAUAUAUGGUACUGUGAUUUUACAAAUAUGGUAGCAAUGACAAACAUUUAUAUUUUUAUAAGUCCUUUAAAUAACCUUGUAUAAUCUUCCCCCCCAUUAAUGCAUGGGCCCCGCGUACCUCCUCCAAUAACUUACCGGUACAUCAUGAUUAUUGUAAAUAUACUACUAAUGAGCUUUCCUGGCCAUAUACACUCAAGAUUCCUACUUAAAGAUCACCUUUUUAGUUAGCUUACCCGCUCCUCUCUGUAGAGAUAAACGAGGAAUUAAUAAUUUGUCACUCUUACUUUUUCUUAACUUGAAGAAGAGAUACCUCUGAUUUACAUUUCAGGUCUGCCACCCCCCCCCACCCCCUCACUUUUAAACGUACCAAAGAAAACUGCUGCACGUGGCUGUACUGAAAUAAGUCGUAAGAACAUAAGCACCAUCUAGUAAUUCUGAGAAAGACGAAUUCUAUAAUAGUCCACUGAAUUAUGUGCUAUACAGAGACAAACAAUGUAAAUCACCAAGACGUAUUGACAGAUGCUGACAAUAAUCAAACGAUGAUGAUACUCAAUACAGUACAAUGAUUGGUCAAUGGCCGUCUUGGUUUAUUACUUCAUGUACAGUACGGAUGAUAAUUUCCCGCAGGUUGUAUGGUAGUACAGUGCAGUAUUACUGGCAUGACUUUCAAGGUAAUUUAUAUACGCUUAUCUUUGACAAAACAUUCUGGAAAGUGAAUUUCAUGUCUCAAAUGUUUUCUGCUGCUGGUGUAUUGUUAAGGUCCUUACAUUCCACUGGACUCACCACUCCUCUCAAUGUUGUGCAUAGGUAGAUGUGUUGUAGCAUUCUGAAUACACUGGAGAGGCAGUGUACGCAUUUCUCCCACUGGUCAGGUUCUAAGUAUGAAUUACUAUAGGUGUUGUGAUAACAUUUUACAGCUAAUCUGUAGAAUACAGCAUUCUUACAAUGAAAGUAUACAAAAUAUUUGUUAUCCUACUAUGUACGCCCAACAUUUUGUAAGCACCACUCUUGUACUGUAGCCUACUCUUAUUACAUCUUCAAGAUGUUUAUUUAAUCCAUCAAACAAUAUAUUUACUGUAUUUACUUUACAUGAAUUUCUCAAAACACAGCACCAUGUUUUCACAGGCACUUCACUUCUAUACCGAGUAUAGAAAUAUAAGGGUUUUUUUUUUAAAGGAAAACAUUACCAAUCCAUAUUUUACCCAUAAAAUGCUUUUGUUAUGAGUUUCAUUUAUAGAAUAUUGCAUAUUUUAAGUUGUUCUUGAUAAUCAUAAAAAAAUAAGGAGUCAAGAUUUCAAAAUAAUGAGAAUGGGUAAAAAUUUAAAAAAAAAUUCCUGUCAUUGAAGUUUAAUUAUCUGUAACUCAUGUUUUAACAAAAACAAAUGUUCAUCUAGUUUUCUGUCAUUCUCAACUUCAGACUUUUUUGAGAGAAUGUUGCUGGCAUAUGACAAAUAUAUUGGAUAACUUAUUGAAGCAUGCAAACAGCACCCAUAAAAUGUCAUGACUUCUUUAAGUCUACUAAAAUAGAAAAUAUAAAAAUUCAACAACUUGAUAGUAAAGUGAAAUGUGAAAUGUUUACUCCUGCUUACUCUGUAAAACAUUGUGCAUUUACUGGCCCUAUUACUUUUCCCUGAAGUUUUCACAAUUCAUUUCCAAAUGGGUGAUAUUUAAAAAGAAAAUAAUUCCCUUUACUGUUGAUCAUUCUAGCUUCCAUGAACCUUACAUCACCAAUUGCGUAAAAGCUAGGUCUAUAUACUUUGACAAUGUUAUGCUCCCAGAGAAAAUAGAACAGAAGUCGUUUCAUGAAUACAUUGCCUCUUGUAUUAAUAGCUAACACUGUGAUAUAAAUUGCAUACAUCGUGCUGUGUUUAUGGAAAUUUACUUUCAUAGAUAACACCGAACGUAUAAUUUUUCGUAAAAUAUGGGAUAUAUUUACCUACAGAGAUACUUCAACCAUAGGAUAGUGCAAGUUAUACUAGAUACAAAAUAUAAUUUUGUAGUUACAAAUCCCUGUAUACUAGUAAAUUCACUAUCGGAAUCAACUCUCUCUCUCGUACAACCUGCUAUUUGUCCACAACUCUUAGUGCUACUACAACCAGAUUUCCUUACAUAAUGUUGACAAAUUUUAUUUUUAUCAGUUAGCCAUUUUUUUAUGGUUAUGUUCUUAUGUUGUCCAAGAAUAAAUAUUUAAAAGUACAA